GCGACACCUCGCCUUUGGGUUAAUUCAUUUUUACAUCCUCCCAUCCUCAGCAGCCAUGUCCUUCUUUACAAGACCUAUUCUUAACCGUAUUAAGCAACUCGCAUUCAGACCUCGCGGAGUCGAGGAGUUUUUUGAGAAUGGCCAAUCGCUCCCCACAGAAAAGUCCUGGACCGGUCGUGCUUGGAGAGCAAGCGAGCUUAGAAUCAAGUCGUUCGACGAUCUUCACAAGCUGUGGUAUGUGCUCCUGAAGGAGCGCAAUAUGCUUGCUGCCCAGAAGGAGGAGGCCCGCCGGUUCCAUAUCUCGAAGCAGUACUUUUCGAACAAGGGUCGUCAGAUCAAGUGUCAGAAAUCAAUGGCAAGGAUCAAGUUUGUUCUCAAUGAGCGUCGUCUGGCAUGGGUUGAGGCGAAGAAGUUGCAGUGGGCGAUCGAUGCAGAGGAGGCGGCCAUUAACACAAAGACACCAGUACUCUCCUCAACAGCAUCAUCGGCUUCAGCGACAGGAUCAGCAACAGCAUCAGGGUCAUCAUCGACAACCACUGCUGCAGUCUAGAGUCUUGAAGGAAAGGGCUGUUUUCUGCUGUGGAUAUCGAUACAGGAUCGGCAUAUUCGACAUUUUACUGAAUAAAACGAAGAAAUGAAUACACAACUAUAUUGCUU